CAGUGGCACGCGCCGUGGAAAACUGACAAGCCGCAUGGCUGCAGGUUGUCCACAGGUGCCGGGGCCAACGGCUGCCUCCGAAGGGCCGGUGGUGGGACCGGCCGGCGUCCUGCCUUGUCUAGAGCUGCCAACCUAUGCUACCGCUUGCGCGCUGGUGAGUAGCCGCUACUCCUGCCUGGUGGCCGGGCCGCACCGGAGGCACAUCGCGUUGUCGCCGCGCUACCUCAACAGGAAACGCACUGGCAUCCGAGAACAGCUCGACGCGGAGCUUCUGCGCUAUUCCGAGAGCCUUUUAGGUGUCCCUGUUGCAUAUGAUAACAUCAAAGUAGUGGGUGAGCUAGGAGAUAUUUAUGAUGAUCAAGGACACAUUCAUCUUAACAUUGAAGCAGAUUUUGUUAUUUUCUGCCCUGAAGCAGGGCAAAAGCUUGUGGGCACAGUUAAUAAAGUGUCUUCCAGCCACAUAGGCUGUUUAGUACAUGGCUGUUUCAAUGCCUCUAUUCCUAAACCUGAGCAGAUGCCAGCCGAGCAGUGGCAAACCCUAGAGAUAAACGUGGGAGAUGAACUAGAAUUUGAAGUAUUUCGUUUAGACUCAGAUGCUGCUGGAGUAUUCUGCAUUCGGGGAAAACUAAAUACCACUAGUUUAAAAGCCAAGUGCUCUGAAGUUUCUGAAGAAGUCACAGAAACCAUCACUGAAGAAGCUGUUGAAAAACCUCCAAAGAGGAAAAAGAAAAGGAAGGAGGACCAGUAUACUUGUGGAAGUAUACUUGUGGAAGAUGGUACUGCAGAGCUACUAGAUGUCACCACAAAGGAAGAAACAGACCUGCAGACUAAUAACAACGUGGAUGGCCUCUGGGUGGAAGAGUCAAAGAAGAAGAAAAAGAAGAGAAAGCACCAGGAAGAUCAGGACCAGGACCCUGUUUUCCAAGGCAGUGACUCCAGUGGUUAUCAAAGUGACCACAAAAAGAAAAAAAAGAAAAGAAAACACAGUGAGGAGGCUGAAUUUACCCCAAUUUUGGAACACUCACCUAAAAAGAAAAGGAAAAAGUAAUUUCCUUUACUGUGUUUUAAACAUGAUUCAGUUUUUUAAAGCUUGAUUUACAAACAAUAGAUGAAUAAAUAUUUUGAAUGAUGUGAAGUGCAUACGUAUUCCAAUAGUUUAUAAAACAGGAAACAUUUGAUUAGGAGGAGUUUGUGUGUGUGGGUGUGGUAAAAUUACAAAACUGCCUAUAAAUUAAUUUUGAGAACACCAAUUUUAUUAAAGUGCCAUUUUAUUGUAUACAGAAUAAAAAGCAGAGCUCUUCUCACUCUCAACUCUUGAAUUCUCCCAAAUUUUACAUCUAAAUAAAAUUAUUUCUAUAAUCUCAAGACUAGCAAAAGGACUUUAUAAUAAAAUAUUCAUAUCAUUAAAGAACGGAUUUGGUUUUAGGUUUUGUCUUUGUUGGUAAUAGAUUUCACCUUUGCUUUUAUAUUACGUGCCAUUUUAUUUAACUUUUUAAAAAAUUGAGGACAUUUUCUUUUAGAUUUUCCUUUACCAUGGCUACUACAGUGUUGUGUUUCUGUUAAAAUGGUUUGGCAAAGGAGCUUCUGAAGUAUCUGGAGGUUUUAGGAACCAUGCCACUACUGACUGUAUAGUGGGAAACAAUAUUCACUGUUCUUGCCUUCCAAGUAUGUGGUGGUAUUUUCUUUUUUCUUUAAGUCUGAGAGGUUGAUGGAGAGACUGUUCGCUGGUACUUGUUCAUUUGUGCCUCAUCCGUUUUGCUUUUGUUGCCUGUUGGAGGAGGAGAGGCUGUGAAGACAGAAUAAAUGCAAUUCAAACUAGUGGGAAAUUUCCAUAUUACUGUUUAAUGACUGGCCUAAGCUACUAGAGAUUGUUCUGAAAAGAAAACAGUUGUUGGUGCUUUCGUUGAGAAAAUGUGGAGUGUAUCUUGGUUAACGGGAAAACACUGAGUAAUGAAAUAACAGUCUGGUCCAACAUAGUAAUCAAUGCAUGGCCAUAUUCAUUUAACAAAUAUUUGACCAUCUACUGCAUGUAAAACAUUCUACUAAGGCCCAGGGAUAUAAUGACACACAAGGUAGAUGUAGUUCUUUCCCUUAUGAUGUGUCGGGAGAAACAGAUUCAUACACACACACACACACACACACACACACACAUACACGUGCACACAAUAUAAACCAGAAAAUGGAGAAAAUAAUUAGAAAUUGUGGUAAGGAAAAAGAAGAUUGCCCACUCAGUUUUGACUGUGUUAGUAUCUGGAAAUAGAUGAGUGGUUGACUUGAACUCCCCAUGUUAGCUAUUUUUGUGGCCACUUAGGUACCAAAUGUAGUGCUGGCCUCAUAAUGCUUAACAUUCAAUAAUAAAUUCUGCUAGUGGUAUAUUUGGAUCUAAAUCUAUAAUGAUAGGCUAUAGAGUUUGAAGAGUGGCAAACAUUCACGAAGUAUCUACAAGUAAAUGCCAGGCAGUGGAAGAGUGCAGGCCACUGUCUAGGUACAUGUGGCUAUUGAGUCCUUGAAAGGUGGCCAGUCCCAAUUGAGAGGAUUGUUGUUAGGUGCCAUCGAAUCGGUUCCAACUCAUAGUGACACUGUGUACAACAGAACGAAACAUGACCCGGUCCUGCGCCAUUCUCAUGAUCAUUGCUAU